AUGAACGUCCCUCUCGGUGGAAUCUGGCUCUGGCUCCCUCUGCUCAUGACCUGGCUCACCCCUGAGGUCAGCUCUUCAUGGUGGUACAUGAGAGCUACAGGUGGCUCCUCCAGGGUGAUGUGUGACAAUGUGCCAGGCCUGGUGAGCCGCCAGCGUCAGCUGUGCCACCGACACCCAGACGUGAUGCGUGCCAUAGGCCUGGGUGUGGCUGAGUGGACAGCAGAGUGCCAGCACCAGUUCCGCCAGCACCGCUGGAACUGCAACACCCUGGACAGAGAUCACAGCCUCUUUGGCCGGGUCCUCCUCCGAAGUAGUCGGGAAUCUGCCUUUGUUUACGCCAUCUCCUCAGCUGGAGUUGUAUUUGCCAUCACCAGGGCCUGUAGCCAAGGAGAAUUAAAAUCCUGUUCCUGUGAUCCAAAGAAGAAAGGAAGUGCCAAGGACAGCAAAGGCACCUUCGACUGGGGAGGCUGCAGUGACAACAUUGACUAUGGGAUCAAGUUCGCACGUGCAUUUGUAGAUGCCAAGGAACGGAAAGGGAAGGACGCAAGAGCCCUGAUGAACCUUCACAACAACAGAGCUGGGAGGAAGGCAGUAAAGCGCUUCUUGAAGCAAGAAUGUAAGUGUCACGGUGUGAGCGGCUCCUGUACGCUGAGGACAUGCUGGCUGGCCAUGGCUGACUUCAGGAAAACAGGCGACUAUCUCUGGAGGAAGUACAAUGGGGCCAUCCAGGUUGUCAUGAACCAGGAUGGCACAGGCUUCACGGUAGCCAAUAAGAGAUUUAAGAAGCCAACGAAAAACGACCUCGUGUAUUUUGAGAAUUCUCCAGACUACUGUAUCAGGGACCGAGAGGCUGGCUCCCCGGGCACAGCAGGCCGUGUGUGCAACUUGACUUCCCGAGGCAUGGACAGCUGUGAAGUUAUGUGUUGUGGCAGAGGCUACGACACAUCCCACGUCACCCGGAUGACCAAGUGUGAGUGUAAAUUCCACUGGUGCUGUGCCGUGCGCUGUCAGGACUGCCUGGAGGCCCUGGACGUGCACACGUGCAAGGCUCCCAAGAGUGCCGACUGGACAACCCCUACAUGACCUCAGCAGAGGUCAUCAUCUUUCUUCCUUUCCUCAAGGACUCUAAUUGCAUCUGCAAGGACACUGGACUCCUGGGUUGUCCCCAGGGGCUAUUUCUCAAGACAUGUGGCCUUCAUCUCAAUAGAAACCCCUUUUCCCUCUCUGGGUCCCCCAGAACAAGGCACCACAGGCUGCCACAUAACUGUACCCUAUUCUAUCUAUCUUGGGCAUUCUGAGGUCACCUCUCUUCCUGCUGAUUUCUUUUUGGAAAUGGCAUGACAGGCUGUUAGAGGAGGAGGGUCCUGGGCCCCCACCACUGUCACCUAGACAUUUCCUCUUCCCUCGUUGGCCAUUCGGAGAAACAUCACAUAAUAGAUGAACUCUCUCUGUGUCUUCCCACAGAUUCUAACAGUUCAGAAAACCCGGUGCUUCCCUCUUGUGGGGGGGGGGAGGGAGUAAGGGUGCAUAUAGAGGGCAGAAUCAACUGACACCAACUUUAUUUGUAUUUUUUUAAAAAGACUAAAACAAGGGCUUUAACUAAGUGAUAACUGUUGCUACAUCCUUAGUGAUUACCUGGAGAAGGAUGGCUUUUAAUAAACAUCAGGUUUAAAACA